UGCAGUCAGUUGCCCCCCGACUGCCGAGCGGUACGCACGUCGAACGGAAACAAAAGCUUACCGCAACCCGAGCUUUUACACAAAUUAUCAUGAAGUGCCAUCUGUUUCUCAAAGUUACAUCCUCAUUUUGAACUAGUGCAAGUGAAACAGUGUUUUUUUCGAUAAUUAGUCUGAUUCAUCUCGAAUCUGCCAACGGUGGUUAUUGUUGACGGGCCAGUUGUGUCAGUUCCGUUUACUUUAUCUCGGUAGGCGAUGUUUAUGCCCAUCUGUGGGAUGUUACCGAGGGAUUAGAACCUUUGUCGGUUUACAGAAGUGGCUGGCGCGGGGCGCGGGGUAGCCGGCGGGCGCCAUGGGGAACAAGUGCUGCAGCCGCCGCCAUGAUCCCGAUAGACCGUUGGUAUACCCAGCCUACAAGAAGAACGAAGCCGGCUUCACCGCGUGCCCCUCACUGGAGACCCGGUAUACGGGCGAGCCCAACAACCGGGUGACGUCGCGGCGGCCGGCCGACAUCGUGCGGACGCGAAAUCCUGGAACAUGUUUAACCAACGGCGGUCGGCGUGUAGUAAAAGCGCUAUGCGCUUACACAGCGCGGGCCGACUCCGACAUUUCCUUCCGGAAAGGAGACCGGAUGGAAGUCCUCAACGACGCGGAGCCGGACUGGUGGCGAGUGUUACAUUUGGGCACAAGAAGAGAAGGCCUUGUUCCUGUCAAUUUUGUCGCAGAAGAAAGUUCUGUAGAAUGCGAGGACUGGUUCUUCCCUCACGUGUCUCGGAAGGAGGCCGACAAGCUGCUCCUGGCAGACAUGAACCCCCGAGGCACGUUCCUGGUGCGUCCCGCGGAGCACAACCCGCACGGCUUCAGCCUCAGCGUCAAGGACUGGGAGGAGGGCCGUGGCUACCAUGUGAAACACUACAAGAUCAAGCCCCUGGAUAAUGGAGGGUUUUAUAUUGCCACCAAUCAGACGUUCCCGAGUCUGCCUGCGCUGGUUAUGUCGUAUACGAAAAAUGCACUAGGCCUAUGUCAUGUCCUCGCGAGGCCAUGCCCCAAGCCGGAGCCCCAGAUGUGGGACUUAGGACCUGAGUUGCGGGACAAGUGGGAGAUCCCUCGGACGGAGAUUCAGCUCAUCAGGAAACUGGGGCAAGGGAACUUCGGAGAAGUGUACUACGGGAAGUGGCGGAAUAAUAUUGAGGUGGCCGUGAAGACUCUCCGGGAAGGCACCAUGUCGACGCAGGCCUUCCUCCAAGAAGCAGCCAUCAUGAAGAAGUUCCGGCACAAGCGUUUGGUGGCGCUGUACGCCGUGUGCUCCACACAGGAACCCGUCUACAUUGUGCAGGAAUACAUGUCCAAGGGAUCCCUGCUAGAGUUCCUGAGAAACGGAGAGGGAAAGUUCCUGCAAUUCGAAGAUCUAGUCUACGUCGCCUCGCAAGUCGCGUCAGGCAUGGACUACCUAGAAUCUAAGCUACUAAUACACAGGGACUUAGCCGCGAGAAACGUCCUAAUAGGUGAUAAUAACAUAGCGAAAAUAUGCGACUUUGGACUGGCCAGAGUCAUUGAAGACAACGAGUACUGCCCCAAGCAGGGCUCCCGGUUCCCCGUCAAGUGGACGGCUCCAGAAGCCAUCAUCUAUGGAAAGUUCUCGAUUAAAAGCGACGUGUGGUCGUACGGGAUACUUCUGAUGGAGUUGUUCACGUAUGGGCAGAUCCCGUACCCGGGGCUACAUGGGAAGGAGGUGAUUGAGCAAGUGGAGCGAGGGUACCGAAUGCCCAAGCCCGUCGGCCACUACCUGCCCGAUGACAUCUACCGGCUGAUGCUGCAGUGCUGGGACGCCAUGCCGGAGAAGAGGCCUACGUUCGAGUUCUUGAACCACUACUUCGAGUCGUUCACAGUGACCAGUGAAAUCCCGUACAGAGAGGUACAAGACUAGUGCUGUGAUAAUGUGAAUUAGCCCUUUUGUACGAGUGUUAAGUGACUAGGACUCCUGUUAGACAAUGUUUGUUGAGUGACUGUCUUAAACGUUACAAGGUUUUUAGUAUUUUUAUACUCUAAGCUGACUUAUUAACAUUGAUUACAGGUAAAGUGUGAGCUUGUCAUUUUGUAAUUGUACCAACAAGUAUUCAAGUCAGCUCGCAAGUUAAUAUGAAUACUGACUUUUCCAUGUUCUAAUGACGCAUUUAAGUCCACUAACGUAAUUAACUAAUUGGUAAGUGAAUAAUCUCCUGCGAAAUUCACUAUUUUCUUAUUUAUUGAUUAGCGAAGUGUAGCUUGUAAGCACUAGUAACUACUGUGUUGCAUUUUGUACAAAUCAGUCAUGGGAAAAGCGCUCUUAUAGCAUUGACUAUUUAAAAUAAGAAGUUGGAAUGUCUAAAACUUCUGAUCUCACACAAUUAUUACGAAGAUAAAUAUAGAUACAUAAUAGAUUUUAAAGUGACGUCAUAAAUACCUUUUGUAGAGUGGGCUACUGCGAAUUAACUGGGACGGUAAUUGUUUGUAGAGAAAAAUCUUUUUACAUCGUCUUACAAAAGUUUAUUGUUAUCUUUCAGUUGAUUUGGAGUAACUAGUAAUAAUAAUUAAACCACUAAGUAACAAACAUAACGGCAAAGCAAUAAUAAAAUUCUAAAUGGAACAGUAUUUUCAUAUUCUAAAGUUAAAUGUGAUAUUUUUGCAUCACAAUACAAUGUGCUGCUGAAGUAAAUUCAAUAUUCACAGCCAUUUCAAUUAAACAUUUAUCAAUUUUACAUCCAGCCAACACUGCUAUAAGUAUAUGAAACUUGGAGAAGGAUACAUUCAUAGUAUUACUUGACAAAAGUGUGACAGCCCUCAUGUGGUUGCAAUAAGAGCUAUUUCUGCUUGCACAUGAAUCGGGCUUACAUUGGUUUGAUUACACACUGUUAUAUUAUACAUAGUUUGUUUAUAAGAAUGGGAAGUGAUGAUAGCCAAAUCAUUGAAAUACUGUAGAAAUCACAGAUAAGUAUUUACUUUCGGCUCCUUUGCAAAUAAUCAUAGCUUUUACUAUAUAAACUCCAAAGUAUUUAUAUAUAUUUACAUUUACUUAUAUUUUAAACUGCCAUUUUAUUGUAAAUAGAAUUAAUUCAAAAGUGCACUGGUCCAAAUAUGUUGCAAAGGGGCCAACAACCCUUGUGUAAAAAGACAAAUAAAAGUAGCUUUUAGGACCGUAUACCAAAGAAUUAAUGUACAUUGAACAAUUGAAAAUUUUAGGGAAAAUAUUUAAAAAACACCUGAUUAAUAAAACCGCUAAUUGUAGAGAAAUGUCAUUGUUCUAAUAAACAUUUGGUCAAGACUCAAGACGUACUCAAUCCCAUUUUAUUAAAUUAUUAUGGCGGUUUUUUAGACAAUUUGGUAUAAAUUCAGUGACAUAGGUGAUAAACUGCUACAAAUUGUAAGCAUUAUUAACUGUUGAUUGCGACUUUAAUUAACCCUCUUCAUUAUAACAAAAUCAUUAUAUUCGACGUCGCCUAAUCAAAGUAUUAAAUAAUAAAUGCUUUAAAAUCAUUCUUAUAAUAGCCAAUCGUGAAAAUAGUGUCUUAUUAACACAACAUUCCAAAACAUAUUAAACACUUUGAAUAAUAUUUGGACACUUUUGUAUGAUGAAAAGACUAGAUUUGUAAGGUUUUGUACAUACAAUGAAUAAAUGUCAUUGGAUAUAAA